AUGGAGAAUGAUUUCUUAGCUCAAUUAGGAUUUGUAAUUGGUACAUCAACAUGUUGUCUACCAUUUAUUCAUGCAUUGGUAAUUAGUUUUAUACGGUUUAUUGCAAUUUAUUAUCCAAUAAAAUAUAAAAUAAUUUUUACAUCAAGAAGAAUAAAACAAAUAUGUAUUGGGAUGUUUUUAUGUAGUUUUGGAAUUGGUUUACCAACAAUAUUUUUUAAAUCUAAAUAUAUAUUGAAAGUAGAUACAUUAACACUUACACCAACAUAUCUUACACCAUCAAUAACCCUUUAUCAAAUGUUUUAUGGAAUAUUUUUUUAUGGUAUUGUUAUUGCAAUAGCAUUUAUAUUAAAUAUACUUAAUAUAAUUGGAUUGAAUAAAAAAAAAUAUAAUAGAAAUACAAAGUAUUCAGAAAAAUAUUAUAUAAUAUAUUGUUUUUUUACACUAAUUACUUCAAUAUUAAUGGAGAUAUAUUUUGCUUUUAGAAUAGGUGGAACAUAUUUAGAAAAUGUUACUAUGAAUCAUAUUGCUAAUACUUUUUUAUCAUGGAUUGGUGAUAUAGUAACAUUAGGAAAUUUUUAUUUUUUUAUUCUUAUAUCAAAAGAUAUUAGAAAAUUAUUAAAAGAAUCAUUAAAAGGGAUAUUUUAUAAAAGAAAUUAUUCAUACACUAGUGGAGUAUUUUUUCAAAUGAGAAGUAAUGAUGUAAUGAUAUAA